AUGGCCGGAGCCGUCCGUCAACCGAUCGACAUUGCUUCGCUAGAGCGCUAUAUCGACACAAAUGUGCCAAUCAUAAAGACACCAUUGGAGUUCGGUUUUGGACAAUCGAAUCCCACCUACCAGCUGAUCGCCGCCGACGGAAAGAAAUACGUACUGCGCAAGAAACCUCCCGGCCAACUGCUGUCGAAGACGGCCCACAAAGUCGAGCGCGAAUACAAGAUCAUCCAUGCCCUCGAACAGACCGAUGUGCCCGUACCGAAAGCCUAUUGUCUAUGUGAGGAUAGCAGCGUCGUUGGAACCCCGUUCUAUAUCAUGGAAUUCCUGGAUGGACGAAUAUUCACCGACCCGGCCAUGCCUGAAGUUGGUGCAGAGGAAAGAAAUGCACUAUGGAAAGACGCGGUCCGCACGCUCGCCAAGUUCCACCGAGUCGUUCCCCAAUCAAUCGGAUUGGAGAAUUUCGGGAAGCCAUCGGGCUUCUAUGACCGACAGAUCGCCACGUUCACAGCGGUCUCCAGAGCCCAAUCCCAAGCGGUAGACGUGGAAAGCAAGGAACCCGUCGGCGAGCUCCCACAUUUCAUGGACAUGGUGCAGUUCUUUUCCAACAAGGCGACUCAGCCGCAGGACCGCGGCAGCCUGGUACACGGCGACUACAAGAUCGACAACAUGGUCUUCCACAAGACAGAGCCGCGGGUGAUUGGCAUCCUAGACUGGGAGAUGGCAACGGUAGGCCAUCCCUUGUCGGACCUGUGCAAUCUCACGAGCCCGUAUUUCCUCGACGGCACGGAUCACAAGACCGAUGAGUUCCAACCCAACACGAUCCUGGGCCUGCCCACGCGUGAUGACUGCGUGCGGUGGUAUCGCGAACUGGCCGGUUGGGACCCGACCCCUGAUAUACUUUGGGGCGACGCGUUCUUCUCGUGGAGGAGCUCCGUGAUCAUGCAGGGCAUCAAAGCUCGGUAUGCGUUGAGGCAGGCUAGCAGCGCUCGGGCGCAGGAAUAUGCCCAAAAGACCGUCCCGUUCGCUUUGGGGGCGUGGGAACGGGUCCGACAAGUGCAAGCCGCAUUGCCCCAAAAAGGCAAAUUGUAA